AUGGCAGACUACACCACUCAAGAGGGACACAACUACGGCCCACGUACAAGCAGUUAUGGACAUGCGUCCAAUUUUCAGCGAGAUGCUGCUUUUCAGCAGAUAUUUGGGGGAGCUCCUCCUCCUGGCCGGUCUCAAACUAUGACCUCGGAGCCCCAAUCGAUGUCACAGGAAAGAGCGCAUAGCAUCACCUCUCAGUCAGCUCAGGGAAUGUUGCCUCGUGGGCCGCCACCCGUCCGGCACAUGCAAAAUGGAUAUGACAGGCGAGUACCCAGCGGUGCAGGGCCUGUCGAGCCUCAAGUGAAUGGAUACCCACAAUAUGAAGGCCAUGCAACAGGACCAGGCCAGCAGGGACCACCGUUACCAUCGUUUCCUGACAGACGGCCCUAUCCACAGCCUCAAAGAAUUGAUUCAAGACCGGGCCUACCUAUGCCCCCAUAUCCCAGCAAACCUAUUCCAAAUAGAGUACCAGCAGCCGCGCUCAAUUCCGACGCGUUUCGAUCACGCUCUAUGGCAAGAUUGGGAGGACCUCCACUAUAUGGUCCGCCCCCUGGCAGCUUUCAACAAGGAUCGGCAAGCUCGUUCCGUCAGCAACCAUAUAACAACGCAGGACCGCGUAUAACGUCUCAAGGACGUCAAAUACCUGAAAGGCUAGACGAGAGAGCAAUGACGAUGAGCUCUUACAUGGGUGAUCGUAGCGACCAGUCGCAACUAACGACAGGCCGCGUCGUACCCGGGCGAAGGCGAGAGUCAUCCUCAGGGCCGAGCUCUUUUGAUCUUAGUACUACCAGCGGUUCACCCGUUUCUUUCAACACAUCCAACUCGAGCCCCACACCCUUCAGCCCGUCACAAAAGCCAAGAAGGCCUAGCGAUGCCUCGUUACCAGGCAGAAAUUUCUCCAGCGCAUCCAGUGUAACCACUCUCGUCAAUGAUCGGGCGGAUAGCAUGCAGAGUGCAUCUCAGUUACAAUGCACGCCCAGCGCUGCAACGUCUAUGACACUGACUCCACGCCGGACGCCCAUGGUUUACCCAGCUCUUCUGUCAAGAGUUGCUGACGUCUUCCAAGCCAACAUAGGCGUUGGUGAGAAGACCAAAAAUGACCUGUCCUAUAAAAACGCGUUUAAUGGAGCCGAGGCUGUCGAUCUCAUUGCGUAUAUCAUCAGGACCACAGACAGAAACCUGGCCCUACUUUUGGGCCGAGCUCUGGAUGCGCAAAAGUUCUUUCAUGAUGUAACGUACGAUCAUCGUUUGCGUGAUGCAAGCGGAGAGGUCUACCAGUUUCGGGAGACGAUGGGCGAGGAGGCGACUUCGAAAGAAGUGAAUGGAGUCUUUACGCUCCUUACAGAAUGCUAUUCUCCAACAUGUACGCGGGAUCAUCUUUGCUACUCAAUAGCAUGCCCUCGACGCUUAGAGCAGCAGGCAAGGCUCAAUCUCAAACCUGAACCAGGCCUUCGGCAUCAAUCUUCCAAAGGCAGUUUGCAUGGGGAUGACGACGAUGAGCAAAAGCUCUGGAUCAACAGUGUGCCGAAAGAGAUUGCCGCAAGCACGGAUGAGCGAGAGAAGAAGCGUCAGGAAGUCAUUUCAGAGAUUAUGUACACCGAGCGUGAUUUUGUCAAAGAUCUGGAGUAUUUGCGCGACUUUUGGAUGAGACCAUUACGAGCAGCAAAUCCCAAUCAAUCUUCGCCAAUCCCAGAGCAUCGCAGGGAGAAAUUUAUUCGGACGGUCUUCUCUAACUGUCUGGAGAUACUUGCAGUCAACUCCAAGUUUGCUGAGGCGCUUAGUGCUCGCCAGCGGGAGAAUCCAGUGGUUAGAAACAUUGGUGACAUCUUUUUACAAUGGGUGCCGCGAUUUGGUCCCUUCAUCAAAUAUGGCGCCAACCAGAUGUACGGCAAAUUUGAGUUUGAGAAAGAGAAGUCGCAGAAUCAAGCCUUUUCGAGAUUUGUCGAUGAAACAGAACGAAUGAAAGAGUCUCGCAAGCUUGAGCUUAACGGGUAUCUGACGAAACCAACCACCCGACUCGCUCGGUAUCCAUUGUUGCUCGACAAUGUUCUAAAGUAUACGAAAGACGAUAACCCUGAUAAGCAAGACAUUCCCGUCGCCAUCGCUCUUAUCAAAGACUUUCUUACUCGAGUGAACGCCGAGAGUGGCAAGGCCGAGAAUCAUUUCAACCUACUCACUUUGAACGGCCAGCUCAAAUUCAAUCCCGGUGAUUAUGUCGACUUGAAGCUUACAGAAGAAAAUCGUCAAAUCCUGACGAAGAUGAGCUUCAAGAAAAGUCCCAGCGAUACAGCAGAAGUUACAGCCUAUCUGUUUGACCAUGCCGUGCUUCUGCUCCGGAUCAAGACUGUCAGCAAGCGUGAAGAAUAUCGCGUCUAUCGGAAGCCCAUACCGCUUGAGCUUUUAAUGAUUGCAGAGAUGGACCAGGUCAUACCCAAAAUUGGUAACCUCAAAAGACCGUCUUCAAGCCUGAUCCCCGGCACAAAAUCGUCGACAUCCGCGCAGCCAGGUGACAAACAAGCCUUCCCCAUCACCUUCAAGCAUCUUGGUAAAGGUGGGUACGAACUUCCACUUUAUGCAUCUUCUGUGACGCAGCGAAAGAAGUUCAUCGAAAAGGUCGAGGAGCAGCAGAGCAAGCUCCGGGAACGAAACAGCAAUUUCUACACGAAAACCAUAUUGUGUGAGGGCUUCUUCAAUGCGACAAACAGAGUGAACUGUUUGGUGCCGGCAGAUGGUGGCAGAAAACUGGUUUAUGGAACAGAUAGCGGUAUCUAUCUCUCAGACAGGUGGCCUAAAGAAAAAUCAGCAAGACCUAAACGAAUCCUCGACGCGAAUCAGGUGACACAAAUCGACACAUUAGAAGAAUAUCAACUUCUGCUAGUUCUGUCAAACAAGACACUUACGUCCUAUCCUCUCGAAGCUCUCGACUUGAAUGAGCAAAACCCGCUCGCCAGGCGGCCAAGGAAGAUUCAGGGCCACGCAAAUUUCUUCAAGGCUGGCAUUGGUCUUGGGAGGCAUCUGGUAUGCUCGGUCAAGACUUCAGCACUAUCGACCACCAUCAAAGUCUAUGAGCCAAUGGACUAUUUGUCCAAAGGCAAGAAGAAGCCAGCCAUCAGUAAAAUGUUCCAAAGUGGACAGGAUGCUCUGAAGCCAUUCAAGGAAUUCUACAUCCCAGCUGAAUCGUCCUCUGUGCACUAUCUACGUUCUACCCUCUGCGUCGGCUGCGCCAAAGGUUUUGAAGUUGUCUCCCUCGAGACCACCGAGCGUCAAUCCCUUCUGGACCAAGCCGACACAUCGCUCGACUUCGUUGCCCGCAGAGAAAACGUUCGUCCAAUACAUAUUGAGCGUCUGAACGGCGAAUUCCUCCUCAAUUACUCCGAUUUCAGCUUUUUCGUCAAUCGCAAUGGCUGGCGGGCACGACCUGACUGGAAGAUACAAUGGGAAGGGACGCCGCAGGCCUUCGCCCUUAGCUACCCCUACAUUCUGGCCUUCGAGCCGAGUUUUAUCGAGAUCCGACACAUCGAGACGAGCGAGCUUAUCCAUGUCAUGACCGGGAAGAACAUCAGAAUGUUGCAUUCGAGCACACGAGAGGUGAUCCCUUCCGCUCCCCCGCAUUUCGUUUUGAUUUUGUACGCAUACGAAGACGAGGCAGGCGAGGACGUUAUUGCCAGCUUGGACUUUUGGAGCAAACAGGCCCAGCAAUGA